UUUCGCUUUCUGAGGGGACCCACCUUAGUCCUUUUUCCGCCCCACUCGGCUCCCCACUCGAGUCUCCCGGCGUCAACGCUAGUCGCCGCCGCCGCAGCCAUUGUUCAUCUUGGCCGGCGACGGGAAGAACUCUUCUCCCUCGUCCCUCUUUACACCCGCAUCUGCUCCCUUUCCCCUAUAUUACCGCGCCAGCUUCCACCGCCGCUCCUCCACUGGAACCACCCAGCACCCCUCCCCUUGCGACGGCGCUCGGCCGCUUUCCUCUCCAUCCCCUUCCCCGACACCGUUCUUCACUAGACGCGGUAGGUCCGGCUCGUAGCGGCCCAAAUCUGCCCACCGGAGCACCAAUCUGUCUGCCUCUGCCUCUGCCUGGCAGACAUUGGAAGGCUAGCCGCUGUGUCCUCGUCGUCUCUUCGGCGGGCGCCAUGUACUCGUCAGGAAGGUCGCGUCCAUAAAGCACGCCCAGAGCAGACUGCUUCUUCUCCGGUAGCGCGCAUUGGCCAUGGAAACUGCCAGGAAGAAUAUCACCAAUGUUGUGCGCUUGGAGAAGCUGCUCACGAUCGACGGCUACUGCGCCACCAAAACCAUGGGCCACGGGGAUUGCGUCAGGUCCAGUGCCAGCAUUGGUGGGUAUGAUUGGGAGAUCUGUAUCUACCCUGCCAUGUUGCCGCGUGCACCCGAUGGCACUCCGUGGGUAGCAGUGAAGCUUGCGUUCCUCAGUGAGACCUGCCCGUCCAUCCUGAGGGCGAAUCUGUCCUGCCGCUUGGUUGAUUCGAGAGGCGAGCUUCGACCGUCCGAUGCAAAGAGCGUCUCAUGUAUAUUCAACCGUUCCUGGAUACGCCGCUGUCUCGAGAUGUGCUCGCCUUUCGUCAAUGAAGAUUGCUCACUUCCGGUUCGUCUUAUGUCGAGAGGCGACCUAGCAAAAUCUAGUUUCCUCAGGCUUGAUUCUUUUACCGUGCAAUGCAUCAUUACGGUGCUCAAGGAGGAUUUACCAGCACCAGCAGCAAGGGUCCUGGCUAAAGAUGUGCGGGUGUCAUCACCUAGCUUACAGCAGCACCUUGCUGAACUCCUGCAUAGUGGGCUGGGAGCGGAUGUCACAUUUCUUGUGUCUGGCAAGACUUUCGCUGCACACAAGCACAUUCUCGCUGCAAGGUCCCCUGUACUCAUGGCAGAGUUCUUUGGGCACAUGAAAGAGACGAGCUCUCCACGUGUUGAAAUCAAGGACAUUGAUGCUGUGGUGUUCAAGCCGUUGCUUUAUUUCAUCUAUACUGACUCUGUGGAGGAAUCUGAUCGGCUGGAAUCUGACCGGCAGUAUGAGGCGUUGGCAAUUUUGGCUCAGCAUUUGCUUGCAGCGGCUGACAAGUAUGGACUGGACAGGCUCAAGGAGAUCUGUGAAGGCAAGCUCUCUGACGGCAUCACUGUCGACACGGCAGCGACAACCCUGGCUUUAGCUGAACAGCACAAUUGCCCUCAGCUCAAGGUGAAGUGUGUUGAGUUCAUCGUUAGCACUUCUGAAAUUCUUAAUGCUGUCUUGGCAACCGAUGGAUAUAAGCAUUUGGAGGCAAGCUGUCCUACGGUGUUGCCUGAUCUUCUCAAGUCUGCACGUGGGCGGAAGAGUUGAAGGGUAAUAAUUCUAAAGCUCAAGUAUUUUCAUACAGUCUCUAUUAUUUGUGGUCGCCAUGCAUGUAUGGUCUAGUAGAAACUUGUGUCUGUAUUCACCUAAAGUGGAAAACUAAUGUCCAUCUAUAUAUGCUAUGAGCAACUUGAUGCUUGCA